CAUAACACCUGCAUAAUUACUUUCCAUUAAUAACUAAGACAUAAAUAAAAAAAAUCAUAUGUUGUGUUUUUAAUAGAAAUCUUAGAAGGAACAACAACUGGCAAGAAGAAACAGACAGACGGACGGACGGACGGACGGACGGCCACACAGUACACCACCCUCGCAAGGACAACAAUGAAGCCGAGAGUUAGUUUGUCUGUCUGUUUGUGUGUGGUGACGGAGUAGCUACACCCUUAUACCUGCUAACUGGAUCCAGCAUGGAUGGCAGCCGAGGCCGCCUAGCAUGGAGUGGUUGUACUUCACCGGGGUGCUGGCGGCGGCGUGGGCGGGGGCACCAGAGGGGUGGGGGGUCACAGCACAUGCCCAGCCCCUGCCAAAUACCGCCUGCUCCAGCUGGGAGGGCAGCCGACGGUGCCCCUGCUACACGUUCAAUGAUGGCGUCUUCCUCGAGUGCUCCAUCGUGUCUCUGCCCACAGUGGUCAGAGUCGUGGAUCUCGCCCAACAGCCCAUCAAGUCCCUCAUUAUAUACCACCUGGACGGCAACGUGACCUUCCUUCCACCGGGACUCUUCAGCCGGAGUGCCGGAGUUUCCAGUCUGCAGAUUUCACAUUCCAGGCUUCAACAUAUCGUGGAGGGCAGCUUGCACGGCCUGGAGAGCUCCCUGCAGAGCCUCGCCAUCACACACAGUCAUCUUUCCACCGUCCCUAAGACUGAAUUUCAAAAGCUUUCCCGACUUAGGUCUUUAAACCUGGAAUCCAACAACAUAACAGAGCUCCAGAGUUAUAGUUUAUUCAAAAUGAACUUAGUCAGUCUUAACCUGAAGGAUAAUGGCUUAAGACUUAUAUCAGAGUACGCCUUCGACGGCCUCGAGGAGACUUUAGAAGAGCUCAACAUCAUGAACAACAAACUAAAGCAGCUUCCAAUACCGGCACUCCGACGGCUCAGUAAACUGCGCGUGUUGAAGGCCAAUUGGAACUGUAUCUCAGACGUGGUGAGUGACGGGUACUCUCGCCUUCCCGCCCUCCAGACGCUGGACCUCAGCAGUAACCACUUCACCGAACUAACGAGCAGCAGCCUAGACACAAUGCCCGCACUUAUCUCCCUCUCCCUCUACCAGAACACCAUCUCUCACGUGGCUGGUGACAGUUUUAUACAAAACUCUGGCCUACAGAUGCUCUACAUGAGCCACAAUAACAUUAUAACACUCGCUCCCGAGACUUUCUCUUACACUAUGUUCAUCAGAGUGAUAGACCUCGGCGACAACCACCUCCACUCCAUCAGUAACGGGCUCUUCAAUAACCUUCCCGAGCUACAAGAGGUCUUCCUGGCUAACAAUAACAUAUUAAAAAUAUCCAACAACACCUUCGUUAACUCAACUAAGAUCUCUGUCCUUUAUCUCCAGGAUAACGAGAUACACUCCAUCGAGAGAGGCGCCUUGGCCAACAUGGAGGCACUCUUCGACCUCCAUCUCGGGUCCAACAACUUGGUGGAGAUCCCUGUGGGUCUGUUCUCAGACACACUUAUACUCAAUUCCCUUAGUCUGGACAGCAACAGAAUCACAGAGCUGGCAGACGGGACCUUUACCCACCUCACAGCGCUGAAGGAGCUGAGACUACAGAACAACAGGCUCUCCAGGGUCGAAAAAGGAACCUUUUCCCCUCUGACGAACCUCUUGGAGCUGCACCUGCAGAAUAAUCUUAUUAGCUCCCUUGCCUCAGGGGCUUUCUCUUCAUUAGGAAAAUUACAACACUUAAAUCUAGACGGUAAUAUGUUGUUUGAACUUCCUGACGCUCUCAGCAAAAUUCCAGCGAAUCUGAUAACUGUAAAGUUCUCAAAAAAUCAAAUUAAAGUUAUCCACGCGAGCGCCUUCAGAAAACAAAAUAAACUUGAAAUAUUUUGGUUAAGCGAUAAUAACCUGACGACUGUGCAUAAGAUGUUAUUAGAAGAUCUGUCCUUGUUACAAGAACUGUAUAUGGAGAAUAACCAGAUUGCCAGCAUCCAGGAUAAAUGUUUCGAGAACCUCAAGAAGCUGGAACUUCUUUCCUUGGCUAACAAUUACCUACAGCGCAUCGGUCCAGCACUCUUUGAGGGCCUCACGUCACUGGAAAAACUUUAUCUGAGGAACAACAGAAUCUCGGAGGUGAGCCCACAAACUUUCUAUCACCUAAGAAACCUUCAGGACCUCGACCUAGCCAACAACCAGAUCCUCGUUAUCAGGCGUCACAUGUUUGAGGGCAACCUUCCUCUACGUACAUUGAAUCUGAUGGGCUCUAUGAUCAGUGAAAUCGACCCGUAUGCCUUUAACAAUCUGCGCAAACUGGAGGAACUGAACCUGAAGGGCAAUAUGCUGGCUCGCCUCAACAAAAGUAAACUCUACAUCAACGUACACAGCCUCAGGAAUCUUAAUCUUGCCGAUAAUAAAUUUGAGAUUAUCGAAGAAGACUCUCUUUACAGCCUACCCAACCUGAACUUAUUAGACCUGAGUGGCUGUGACCUCCCCAGACUCCCGACACAUUUUCUAGCCGAAGCAACGGAGCUCAUAUCGCUCAAUCUAGCCAGGAACAACUUCAGAAGUCUCAACUCUGUGCUCUUCCAAAAGACAAGUAACCUUAAAGAACUUGAUCUGUCAUUCAGUAAUCUAAACUCCUCAAUAUUCGGCUCUAUAGAAGGUCUGGCUAACCUUGAGGUGCUGAUACUGAGUGGUAAUCCUCUGAAUGAACUUCGUGGGCUUAUACACGACUUGCCGAGCCUUCAAGAAUUCUACUUAUCUGACACCUACAUGACGAGGAUGGAUAACACCAUUUUCACCAAAUUAAAAAACUUAAAAAUCCUUGAUCUAUCCUGUAAUCGCCUGCUGGAUAUCCCACCUGGAAUCUUUGAAGGUUUGGAUAUAGAGAAACUGAGCCUCGCCGACAAUUCCUUCAGUCAGAUUCCCAACGCUAUGUUCUUGGAUGGUAUGUCGUCUUUGCGGUUUCUCAACAUGUCUGGUAACCCCAUGAGGCGGGUGGCUGGUCCCCUGGUGGCCGGUGGUCCUCCUCUGAUGGCUCUUGAAGAACUGGAAGCCACGAGAACCAACCUGACGACGUUGACGAGUCAUGACCUGCAGUUAACGCCGGCACUCAGUUCCCUCAACCUAGCUCAUGCGGGUAUUACUAAGAUCUCUCCGGGGUGUUUCAGGAACCUAACCCAGCUGUUCCAUCUCAAUCUAGCCUUCAACCGCCUAAAGGUCCUUCCGAGGGAUCGACUCCGGGGGCUCCAGGCACUCUCCCACCUCAACCUGACGGGGAACGUUAUCGAGAGGUUGGAUCAGUUACCACAAGGAGCGCAUACCCUGAAGGUACUGGACGCAUCAGGCAACAUGCUCACCUCACUACUACAAUCAACCUUCAAACACGGCACCUCCAUCAAAACCCUCCUCCUGGGCUCGAACUGGGUCACUUCCAUUCACCCUCAAGCAUUCGCGCCACUCCACAACCUCAGGCUUCUAGAUCUCUCCUAUAACUACCUAGAGGAUGUGGAUAUCAAGGUCUUGGAGCCCAUUGAGAGGAGCCUAGAGACCCUACAGCUAGCGGGUAAUCCUUUAGUCUGUGGGUGUAAGGUGAAGGCGCUGUGGUCGUGGCUUCAGGAUCACCUGUCGUAUGUGUCUGAGUCGACCCCCUUCACCUGUCAUCUUCCCAAGGUACUAAGUGGACGAAGUUUCCUCUCUCUGCCCACCUCCUCCUUCUGUCCUCAGCCACUCAUCGCCCACCUAGCAGUGAGAGACAUCCAGAGCCAGUCACUGCUGGUCUCAUGGCAAUCUACUAAUACUACUCCUAUUAUUGGCUUCAAGGUGUCCUUCAGAGAGACAACACGAGACGGUCAGGUCAUAGGAGGUCUCAAGACUCAGCCCCUCGAUGCAGCCCUCAGAUCUCACCUCCUGAAGGGGCUAAGACCUACUACCGAUUACCUGGUGUGUGUCCAUGGCGUGCCAGCCCCCACCACCUCCACCAGCCCCUUCUACUUCGCCUCCUCCUCUAGGGGUACCAAUAGCAGAGCCACCUCCUCCAUACUCCCACAACAACCAUUCCAGGACAACCAUUAUAGCAACCAACCAGACAUGGCGACCAAGUGUCUGCGUGUCAAGACCCAAGAGCCACCACCUCCAGAGAUAGUCCUCAACAACAGGCUGGCUAUCAUGAUAGGGGCGUCUCUCGGUGUCACCAUCUUCUUCAUAGCUGGUACCAUCAUCUGCUGCUGCCAAAUGUGUAAGGACCGAAGAGAAGCGGCCAAGGGAGGUGAAGGGGCCAACUCAUCCAAGCAGGACUACCUCUCCUACAGGCCGUUCUCUGCUCAGGGCAAUGAAGCCAAUUCCCACGAGGGCUAUAGCGAGUGCUAGUUAAGGACGCAGCAGUGAUGGGUUGGUUAUUAUACUCGUUGCUAGUUGAGAACGUUUACGAACACCAGCUCUGAGUAGUAUAGUUGGGUGUGUUUGUUUGUACUAGCUGAACUGGUGAAGGUGGUUUUUUCUUCUCUUUUUUUCUAGUUAGGAUUAUUAGUCAGUUGUAGUAAAUAUCGAUUCCUAGUAGUGCCAAUUUGGUUCUUAAAGGUCUAUUACUAGUGCUAGUUACAGUGAAUACUUGUGCUAGUUGUGAUGACCAUGGAGGAUCUGCAAGAGUAUUAGCUAGUUAAUGUGGCCAUGAAGGUUGGUUACAUGGAGUGCUAGUGCAUGCUAGUUGGGAUGUUUUAAGACUACCUCUCCUAUUUUAUGAAGGUUCACUGAGUGCUAGUAGGAUGUUUCUCAGCAGAGGUGUAUGUUAAAAGAUGUUUGGCUAGUGUUAAGAUCUGUUCACAAAAGGUAUCAUUAUCAAGUGAUGUUUCGCGAAUGUUGAGAGAUAUUUUGCGAAUGUUGAGAGAUAUUUCGCGAAUGUUGAGAGAUAUUUUGCGAAUGUUGAGAGAUAUUUCGUGAAUGUCAAGUUGUUUGCAAAAAGCAACAUUAUCAAGUGAUGUUUCGCGAAUGUUGAGGGAUAUUUUGCGAGUGUCAAGGCAUAUUCGCAAAAAAGUACCAAAUCAAGUGAUGUUUCGCGAAUGUUGAGAAAUAUUUUGCGAAUGUAGAGAGAUUUUUCGCGACAGUGAUAUCUCAAGGAAGUUAUCAGAUGUUUUGCCACUGAGAAACAUAGCAAAAUAUUCCUCAUACCAAUACCUAAGUGAUGAGAUAUUGAUCGAUUGAGACAUAGGUUUUUGUCAAUAUUAAAACACCAAGACGUCUUUCAAAACGUAUCUGUUGAUAGUGAACGAAAGGGAUCACCUGAAGAUUAGACACCCCAGCUUAAUUCGCCUGAAGAUUAGAGACCAACGUCACUCCUCCCACACCCCACCUUACCUCCAAACA